AUGGAUCCGAUUCUGUUUCGGUUUCAGCAAAGGGUGUUAUUGGCGAAGAAGGGGUUUAUGAAGAAAGGGUUCAUGCAAAAAGACUGCCUGGGGCAGGAGAUAUUUGACAGGCAGAAGACGCAUGGAGUCUGGGCCAGAAGUCUUCAUGAAUCGGCUUACACCCAUAGGGAGGGGAAUAUCCCCCAAAGGGUAAGACAAGUUGGCCAUCAAUAUUCAGAUCAAAUCCUCGACUACGAAGAUUUAAUUACUGCAUCGGCCGUGUACGCCAAAGAAAGAAUACGAACCAAUUUUUGGACUCGUAGGGCGUCGCCGAGACAAGUGAAGAUCAAGGUGACCAACCAGAGUAAGUUAAUAAUUGCGGAGUUAACUUUUUUCGUUCCGUUCGAUGUGCAGAAUCCGCAAUGCAGUAGAUUAUUAGCGUCGAGGCUACAGUACUGGAAGGAGGGUAAUGAAAUGAGGCCAGAAACGCAGUCCUGGAGCGCUCGAUUCUAUAGGAGCGGUAUGAAAAUGGUAGUCCAGAAAUUGAAGGUUGAUGAUUACAACAACAUUAUUCUUGAGGCGCGGAUGGAUAGCGACCAGGUGAGGGUAGCAAAAGACCAAGCCCCAAAAUUUAUGAAGCACAAUGACUUAACCGGCAUUAUUAUUUAUCCGGAUAUGGACAAUACCGGUUAUGAAAAUAUAACGAGGCAGUUUGUUUUGAGAAGAUUAUCAGCGUCUUUGGCGGAUAGUCAUCACCCUCGCCAGAAGGACAUUUUGAAAAAGCUUAUGCAGUUAAAAGAUAGUCAGCAGAUGGAAGUGGACUUGCCACCAUCAGCAGGAAUUCAAGAAGAGACUCACGAAAGUGUCGAUAUUGAAAUCCAAGGCGAAAGGAGACACGUGACACGGGAGCAAGAUCAAGAAGACCCACGUGAUCGCAUUAUACCUUUUAAAAUUGAUGAAAACGUUAAAAGGAACUAUGCUAGUAACAGCUGUUACAAUUUUAGCGGUACAGGAGAUCACGGAAAAGAGGUUCUGCAAGCCUAUGCUGAUGAAAAGGUAGAGGAGGCGAAAACAAAAUUUGUGAAUCAAUAUUUAAGAAGAAGAUUACUCUACGAUGGGAAUCCUUACCAUAAACGAGAGGCGCUCUGA